AUGGUCAACGACGAGCUGUUCAGUGUAGGACAUGCAGCCACAGCUGGGCUAGUUGCCUGCGCCAGUGCGCUCGUCUACCUGCUUGUCAAAGGCUAUCAAGCUAGACUUACCUUCUACCGCCUCCGCCAGCAAGGAAUGCCGAUGCCACCAUGGAACUCUAUCCUGGGGCAUCUCCUUGCCAUUCCACCAGUUAUGAAAACGCUGCCUGAAGACACCCAGCAGCCUGAUGCUUUUGAGGUCUUAUGCCGUGAAAAUGAAAAAAGGGAUGCCGAUUCUAUCAUCUAUAUAGAUAUGUGGCCGUUCGCCGACCCCCUGAUGGUUAUUUGCUCACCUGUGCUUGCUAUACAAGCUUGCCAGGAAUACGACUUGCCUAAGCCGCCCAUUCUACAUGCCUUUUUUAAUCCGUUAGCUGGUGGUGCAAACUUGUUCACUAUGAAUGGGCCCGAAUGGAAACGUUCUCGUUCACUCUUCAACUCGGGCUUUAGUGCCAGCUAUAUUUUACAACAGACCUCUCACGUUGUAGAUGAGGCUGAAGUCUACGUCGAUAUUCUGAGAGAGCAUGCUCGAAAAGGUAAAAUGUUCUCUCUAGACGAUGUGACUUGUUGGUACAUGAUGGAUGUCAUUGGUGCCGUAACCUUGGACUCGCGACUUCAUUCCCAACGGCAGUUCAAUCCCUUAGCAUCGGCAUUGCGCCGGCAAAUUCGUUGGCAUGUCCUUGACAACGAGUGGAAUCUUCUAAUUAGAUGGAACCCAGCUCGCCCCUUUGUGCAAUGGUAUAAUAGCUACCAGAUGAACAACUACAUAGCCCAACAACUUGACAAGCGCUAUGCCGAAUGGACUGAGGAUGAGGCAGCCACUUCGUCGCGCUCCAUCAUCCAUCUUGCCUUAGCAGGUUACAUGGCCCAACAAGAGGACAAGCCACGCCCUAAGAAACUUGAUCCAGCUUUCAGGGACUGGGCCACAGUGCAGAUACGCCUGUUUCUCUUUGCUGGUCACGAUUCUACAUCGUCUACAAUCUGCUAUUGCUUCUACCUCCUACAAUCUCACCCUGAAGCCAUGGCCAAGCUCCGCGCCGAGCAUGAUGCCGUGUUUGGUACAGACAUUACCGAAACAGCUAACGCAAUGCGCGCACAGCCCCAUCUGCUCAACCAACUCCCCUACACCACGGCGGUCAUCAAAGAAUCUCUACGUCUCUUCCCCCCUGCGUCCGCGAUGCGUGGCGGCCAACCAGGCGUGUAUCUCCAGGAUGAUAAGGGCAACAGGUAUCCGACCGAGGGAACGAAUAUGUGGAUUCUACAUUCGGCCGUACAGCGCAACCCGAAAUACUGGCCUUCCGCAAUGGAAUUCAUACCCGAGCGCUGGCUCGUAGAGCCGGGUGACCCACUUUACCCCGUUAAGGGGGGUUGGCGACCCUUUGAGUAUGGGCCGCGAAAUUGCUUGGGUCAGACUCUAGCUAUGCUCGAUGUGAAAAUCACGUUGGCGCUUACUGUGCGUGAGUUUGAAAUUAAGCACGCGUAUGAUGAAUGGGAUCGCUUGCACCCUACGAGCAAGGUUAAGAGUGUUAACAGCGAGCGCGCUUACCAGACGCAAUCUGGAGGGGCGCAUCCUGCUGAUGGUUAUCCGUGUCGGAUCAGCUUGAGGAAGUAG